AUGCCACGAGCAGUCGACCACACCAACGACUCUACAACCUUCAAUUCCGGCCUCCCUCCCCGGCAAAUCGAGCUGAAGCCAGGCACGACGACAGCAACCACCGACGGACGAGAAGAGAGGUGUCAGCUGGGAGAAGCAGAAGUGGUCGACAUUGGAGAAACCCGCACCCUCGACAUCCUCCUCACAUUCGACAACAUGGACCGAUCAAGUGGAAACGGCUCGUCGCAGAACGGACAAUACGACGAGCAUUGGGCAAAGGGACUUACACAGCAAUUCGAGGGGUUAUUACGGACGAGACGACUGAAUGAACUCGAUACACGAUCACGGACAACUUCUCCGUCACCAAGAGAACGUACCUCGUCUGCGAACCUACGAGCCCACGCAUCUUCUUCAUCAACAAAGGACUCGCAAAGCUAUCGACCGACGACUUCAUCCGGUCCAAGUCCGGCACCAGCAUUCUCGGCGACUCCUCCAUCAUAUGCGUCGUUACGAAGCCAGCCAAAAGUCCCUUCACCUCCAGCGGACACAGCAUCGCAGAAGUUCCGAAAUCUACUAAUCACAUUAUCACUUACACCAACAAAAUACGAGAACCCUGGAUUACUCGACGAAGCAUUACAGGUUAUUCCUCUCGAUAGAAUUUAUGGCGAGGCCGAAGAGGAAAGUCAGGUGCUUCAGGCACAGGCUGAGAGUAUGGGCGAUGGAAGACAGCCAGAAUGGGGAUACCAGGAUUGCGUUAUCCGCGCAUUAUUAAGAUGGUUCAAGCGGUCAUUUUUCGCUUGGGUGAACAAUCCUCCAUGCUCGGUAUGCCUAUCACCAACCAUCGCCCAAGGCAUGACACCACCAACACCAGAAGAGUCAGCAUACGGAGCUCUUCGAGUCGAAUUAUAUAGAUGUUCUGGACAGAAUUGCGGCGCUUAUGAAAGGUUUCCACGAUACGCGGAUGUUUGGCGCUUAUUACAAACUCGCCAAGGCCGCUGCGGAGAAUGGGCCAACGUCUUUAGCAUGUUGUGUCGCGCUGUAGGAGGACGAGUACGAUGGGUAUGGAAUGCAGAAGAUCACGUCUGGACGGAGGUGUAUUCUGAAAUGCAGAAGCGCUGGAUUCAUGUCGAUGCCUGUGAAGAAGCGUGGGAUAACCCAAGAUUAUACGCCGACGGAUGGGGAAAGAAGAUGACAUAUUGUGUCGCAUUCUCUAUGGAUGGUGCAACAGACGUCACUCGACGAUAUGUUCGAAAGGCCGAGCAGGCGUUGGAACGAACACGAUGUCCUGAGGAGGUUAUGCUGUACAUUAUGAACGAGAUUCGAAAUUUACGACGAUCGAAUAUGCCCAAGGAUCAACGAUUCCAACUCGAAAAGGAGGAUGCCAGAGAGGACAAGGAACUCCGAGGAUAUGUCAUCUCAUCAAUCACCCAACAGGUUGUGUCGGGUAUUCGACCAGGUGAACAGCAAUCGAUGACAUCUCGACCACGACAACACAACGAAGACCACAAGGCGCCUAUUGAACAACCUGCUGGACGACAAAGUGGUGCGCAGGAAUGGGUCAAUGCACGAGGAGAGAAUGGCCGUGGAGGUUACAACCCGCCAAGAGAUCCAUCUCAACGUGGACAUUGA